AUGGAGAAUAAGAUGAAGAAACUGGUUCGCCAGCUGUCCACUCGCGCAAGGACACGUCCUACCGUCGCGACCGGUACCGAUACUGGUACGAGCAGAGCGCUCGAAUCUGUGCAAAAGAAUCCGCCGCUCACGAGCCCCAUCCUGCCCAACAGAGUGAUUCACUUUCCGAAAUGUCCGCACACCACGCCUCCGACGCCUCGACCGGCAUAUAUCCCUCCCGUUCUGAGGACCGAGAUCAUCGAGACGUCUGUUCCAGCAGUAGCACCAGCAGUAGCAGCGGAGUUGGCGACCAGUCUUCAGGACCUGGAGAUUACGGGCGUUAAACCGAAAUCGAGGCCAGCAUCAGCAUCAGAGUCCAAUGAAGCCAUCGUACCCGCUGGAAUGGCCGGUCCAGGUCCGGCGCAGCACGAACGUGAGCCUGAGCAUGAUCGCGAAUUCGCAUUCCCCACCCCCACCACCACCACCACAGGCACGACCACGGAAGGGAACGACACCACCGUGCACAUCAAACAGUACUUCUCCACCCCCUCGCGCUGUCUGGACUGUUCGCUCUCGCUGGCACGCCAACGCGAAGCCUCCACCAGAGACCUCAGCGCGGGGAUAUUGCGUGAAUGGGAACUCCGGCUCGUGGAGCUGACCUCGGCGGCCAAGGCGGUCUGCCAGGUGGCGCGGAUCAAGAACGCCGAGCCCGGCCGAUCGGACGGCCAUCUCCUGAAGGGAGACAUUGCCGUGUUGGAGAAGAUCGAGGCUGAAGAGGCGGCCUUGGCGGCCAAAAUGGCGCAGCAGAGAGAGAGGGUCGAAGGGGAGGUGCGUGCCAUUUGGGCGGACGUGGCGCGGGAGUGGGAGGGCGGGAUUCGCGAGGUGGUCAGAGGGGACGGGACCGGCGAGGCGGAGGAGAGGUGUGUUUUUGUGGUGUCUUCUCCUGCUAGAGGGGGUGACAGCUCAGGUCAGGGAGAGGGUUGUGGGGGUGACGGCCUUGAGGACGGAGAGGGAGAGUCCCCCCCUACGGAAGGGCAGGCUAGUGUACAGGUGCAGUGGGUUCCGGUCGAGGGCUGA